CUCGAGUGCGGAGUCUGAAGGACUCCCAGGAAAAAUUAAAAACUCAAGUACAGGAUUUGAAAAUUAAAUGCAAAGCAUCCGGAUGCCUCCCUGCCCAAACCACUUUAUUAACUCCCUUGGCUUCUUUAUAUCCCCAAUUAGUUAAGGCUGAAAGUGAAGAGGGAAAGAAAUGGGUUAAUUUAAAAAUUCAGCUUGGCCUAGAGAUAAAGAGAAAGCUGGUCUGCGUUCAAGGUCAAGAAUCAAUUCAGUCUGCCUUGCUCUGCAUGCCAAGCACCAAAAAAAACCCAGCUGGCUGUGAAAAAUAUAGACAGAGGCAAACAAAGGCAACACAAGUUAUAGCACUGAGAUUACAAUUUGCAAAGGUUGGCUGCCCAGUGAGACCAAACAGUCUGCCUUUGCAACCCUGGAGCUGAUGUGGUUUGGGGAUACUGAAGAAGCCACAGGCAGCCGGCUUGGACUGGAAUAGUGAGCAAAGGUCUCUGAAAGGGACACCCCAAGAGACUCCAGGGGAAAAAACAAAACAAAACCCCAACAGCAGAAGCAAGUUGGAGAUUUUUUUGCAGUGUACCUCUGGACAACCGGUGCACAGGAUAACCUCCCGUCCACCUCUCUUUCUCUCCUCCUGGCCAGCCCGGGCAGUGUGUUUUGAGAGUGCUUGUAAUAAGCUCAACCACUACAUCCUCAUCCUCCGGUGGACCGUCUGGUGAAGGCAAAGGCAGGCGAGAAAGGCAAUCAGCGACCGCAUUUUGGUUUCCAGGCGUAUAUUGCAGUUCAUAAUUGAAAGAGCGUAAUCUUGCAGACCAUCGAGCAAUACGGUAUCCUGCUCUUCCCAGUCCUUUCGUGGUGAGCCACGUCGUCAAAGGGCUGUGGUCUGUGCGCAACUUGAACGCGCGGCCGCACAGGACAGCCUAGUUCAAAACCAAUGGAAGGAUUAGAACUAAAUGCAGAUACUUGUUUUAUCCAGCUUGAAAUACAAAGUGUUUUGGAUACUAUCAGGAAAUACUAAGGUUUUAAUAUACGUGACCGAGGCUGUGCCAAAAGCUGAGAAAUGUUCUUGGAGUUCUACUGGGUGCACUUCACAUCCAUCAGGAUGGAUGGAUCCUGAUGGAUCCAAAACUGGCCAUUGUGCCCAAGCAGAGGGCCCCUCCCUGCUAGGUAAGUGUCCAGGAGCAAAGGCGGGAAUGAUUGCUGCAGUUAAACGAGACUGGUUUGCACCAGAUUUUUCCCCUGUGGCCCAGCACUACUGCCAACAAUGUGAGAUCUGCCAGCAGCAUAAUGUUGGUAAAACUGUUAAAGUUAGGCAGGCAGCACUUCCCCCUCCCUGGGGACCUUUUGUAAAUAUUCAGAUUGAUUUUAUUCAAAUGUUUAAAUGUUGUAAUUAUGAGUAUGUGUUCGUUUUAGUUGAUGUAUUUUCAAAUUGGGUUGAGGCCUUCCCUUACAGAAAGGCAGAUGCCAAGACUGUUGUGAAACUUUUGCUUAAGGAUUUUGUACCGCGAUUUGGCAUACCUGUGAGUAUUAACAGUGACUGUGGAACUCAUCUGACUGGACAGAUUGUAAAGGAGUUAUGUGCAGCUUUGCAGAUCCAACACAAUCUCUACUGUCCCCACCACCCGCAGUCUGCUGGGACAGUGGAACGCCAAAAUGGGAUUUUGAAAAAUAAACUGCCCAAGAUCUGUGCUGAGAUGAACUUAAAGUGGCCAGAUGCCCUCCCAUUAGCAUUGAUGAGUAUGAGGGCAACUCCCAAUCGAAAGACUGGACUCAGCCCUCAUGAGAUUCUGACAGGACGCCUGAUGCGGAUUCCAGCGGCACCUCCGCUGACCAUUCAUUUAAUGGAUGAUACAAUGCUUAAUUACUGCCAGGCACUAAUGAAAUGUGUCAGGUCUUUUUAUACACAGGUGAAAGAAGUACUACCCAAGGAUCCUGAGCAACCCUGCCACUCGUUGGAACCAGGAGACUGGGUCUACAUAAAGAUCCAUCAGCGAAAGACCACCCUGACCCCGUGCUGGAAAGGCCCUUACCAAGUCCUGUUAACUACCAACACCGCUGUGAAGUGCCAAGGACUGCCUGCCUGCCUGCCUGCCUGGACCCAUGUUUCUCACUGCAAGAAGGCCCCUCCACCUCAAGAUGACCCUCCGACUGCUGAUCAGCCUGUCCCUCCUUCUGGUACUUCUUUUCCUCCUCCUAAAUAGCAGGAGAAAAGGACAAGGUGAAGUGCUGGUAACCUCUCCCUUAUCCACUAACAGAACCACCAUACAUUCACCAUCUGCUGGAGGAACCCAGCUAUUACAGGGUGACGUGCUGGUAACCUCUCCCUGUAUGAUGCUGAACCACGACUGUUCCAGGAAAGAAGAAGGUACGUUCGUUCCACUGAAACUGCCAAAGUCCAGGGAUUCUUAACUACAAAAGACAUUAAAAAUUGGCCCUGGUGGAAGAGACGGAGUAUCGUAACCUGGCAGGGAGAAACUUGUGGGAACCGCGCUUGGGACUGUGGUAUUGAGUGGUGGUUUGGGUUUAUUCCAGGGUCUGGGCUUUGUGCCUACGGACAAGUACCAUCAGCAUGCGCUGCCCUCCCUAAUUGGCUUCCCGAUGACGAACCCCAAAGAUGCCUUGCUGCCACGAACAUUACUCCCACCAUCCCCUCCACCUUUGCUACCCCCCCCGCCCCCUGUAAUUUACCCAAUUACAGACAAUACUGUAUAUUCUAAUGAAACCCAUUGGCCAAGGCCUUCACAUCUUAGUGAUUUAUUGAAAUUUUGAUCAGAAAGAUUUUUUUUUUAAGGUUCAGAAUGGUUCGUAUGAGCGAACAAUUGAGUGGAAAACAAAUAGGUCGGUGGAAAUAGAGAGAGAUGAUAUCACUACAGAUGAGCCCCAAGAAUCAGAAAUUGAGAUUAAUGGGUUCUAUAGCGAGGUAGAUAUGAUGGCCGUUCCUGGAGUCUGCAGUAUGUUAGAUGAAUGAGACCCUUAUUGUUAUUUGGUCACCCAAUUAGUGAAUAAUCAAACGAAUACCCAAAGAAUCUGUUCUGCCACCGGAACUUUUACCUGUACUGAAAUCAUUCCAGUAGCUAAUAAUUUAAUCUGUACCAUAUUGCAAUAUACCUAUGCUAUUAAUUCUAAUGCCUCUUGGAAGUAUAUGAAAGAGUUUAGCCGACAGAUGUGGUAUGGUACUUCACCAAAGAGAAAUGUGUUAGGAUAUCGAUGGACUGUGGGACUGUAAAAUUCACACUGCCCUUAUCCAGUUUUCAGGUCACCUCUACAUAUCCAGAUUGCUCAAAAGGGGCUGCCAUUAGGUUAGCACAGCAAAGGGCCUGGGUUUCCUCUAGAAAGAAGAGGGACUUGGCUGGACACCUAUGGGAUGGUGCCAAUAGUGAAGCAGCAAUUUGGAAUAUUUAUAAAGGCCAACAACAUGAAGAGAAAUUAGGACCGUUGGAAAAAGCCACAGGUCUUAUUACUAGAGCACAGUUGACCCAGGUACAGGCUGGGGUUGGUGAAUUACAUGUUAUAUUUGCCCUUAGGUCAAGGACCCGGAAGCUGUCGAUAGGGAUGGUAUUGAAUAUCACUGAGACUGGGAAGGAAUGGCAGUGGAACUGGCAUGUUCAGAAAUUUAGAAUUUUCUGAAUGACCAGCUGAUGGCCAUUCGGAGUGAUUUUGAGCAUCAGGCUUGGCCCACUGCCCUUACAGAUACUUCAGGAGUAUCACCUGAUCUGUGGCCAUGGAGACAUAGUUGGAGAUUUUCUGGGUGGAGGUGCAGAUGUUCGCAGUGCUGCUUGCAAGCAUACGGACCGGUUGGAGGGGUUUGGGCUCCCACAUACUGAAUCCUGCUUGGUCCGUGGGGAGGAUGCAUGUGGGAUUGGAUAAUUCACCGUGAUUUUUGGGAAAUUAAAUACUUGGUAUACCUAAUCGAUUUAAAGUCAGUGCUCCUGGAAUAACACCCGACAUGUGGAUAGCGAUAGGGAGUCAAUGGACACUCUGGCUGUUAGAACCCCCACAGCUUCAGUGGUUACAAAAGCUGAAGCUAGGAGAAGUUGUCACUAUUCAUGACAACGUUUGUUGGGAGGAUAUGGGACAAGGAACUACCCUGACAGAACACCUGCUUUUCCAAGCUAAUGACAGCUGUGUGCAUGUUAAGGCCAUCACUUUACAAGACAUACAUUUUAAUUUCACCACUGCUGCAGGCAAUUAUUUUACAAUCAGCCCUUAGGUUUCAGAUAUCCUUUAAUUGGACUGCCUUAGUACCUGACCGGUUCCAAAAUUUGCUUUCACUCCUACCAGGGGUUCAGAAAAUCUCUGAAUUACAAGGGCAAAUUCAUAUGCUCCAAAAUAUAUAUCAAGUUGAAAAGUAUGCUUUUCAUACAGCCUAUAGAGUGUCUAUUUUAUGUACUAACUAUUUUUUGUGACUAAGGUUGUGCGACAACCCCAUUAUAUUAUUACUAUGGGAACGUUAUUGCUUUUAUUGUUGUUGUUUAGUUUCGGAUUAUGUUGUUGUAAAGGAUGUAAUAAUCAUAACACCUUCCAUGUUCAUACUAACCAUGCAUUGUCGUUGGAUCCAAUCAAAGCACAUAAGGCUAAAUCAUUUAAUUUGGAACCUGACAUACAAGGUUUGAUGAAUAUAGAGAUUUAAGCAUAAUAGUUGUGCUAGAAGCACGAAACGGGGGAGUGUGGAAGUGAGGAUAAAGGGAAUUUGGAUGCAGGCCUCUUAGCCUGACUCCUGCUCUUUCAGAGAAAACUAACUCUAACCGUCUUAACACGAGACUUAAAGCAAGGCCUGGGCGAGUGGGAAGCUAGUGGGAAAGAACUGUAAGAGAUGUUGUUUGACAUUGUGUAAGAUAAGAAUGAAAUGUAGACUACAGCAGAAAUUGCUGAGAAAAAUAAGAUAUUAGGAAGGAAUAUGUAUAAACAAAAUGCAGCUGUUGAUCAUUACUGUAUGUAACAAAAGGUAUAAAUGCUUGCCCUCAUUGUUUAUCUUUUGAGAGACCUGCCUAGACAGGGUGAAUGCCUGUCAGUGUGCACUCUCUCCUCCUUGCAAUUGCGAGAGAAUAAAAACUGUCUCUGACUGCUGCAACCAA